CCCCCGCCCCGGUCGAAAGAAGACAAUGGAGAAGGCAGUCAAAAUUUUGGUGGGCCAUGUCCAAUGGGAAUAACAAAGAAGUAAUUGAAAUUUGUGGAGUGUGGAAAGAGAGAGGAUAAACAAUUUAAAAGUAUGGAGUGUGGAAAGAGCUUCACUGACAGUGGAACACUUAGAAAACAUCAACGGACUCACACUGGGGAGAAACCAUUUAAAUGCAUGGAGUGUGGAAAAAGCUUUGGUUGGAGUUCAAACCUCCGUAUACAUAAACACACUCACACAGGGGAGAAACCAUAUAAAUGUAUGGAGUGUGGAAGGAGCUUCAGGCAGAUUGGACACCUUAGAAACCAUCAACGAACCCACACAGGGGAAAAACCAUUUGAAUGCAUGGAGUGUGGAAGGAGCUUCAUUGAGAGUGGAAAGCUUAGAAUUCAUCAACAAACUCACACAGGGGAGAAACCAUUUAUAUGCAUAGAAUGUGGGAAGAGUUUCAGACACAGUGGAAGCCUUAAAAUCCAUCAACAGGUUCACACAGGAGAGAAACCAUUUAUAUGUAUGAAGUGUGGGAAGAGCUUCAGUUAUAGCAGAACACUUAGAAAGCACCAAUGGACUCACUCAGGAGAGAAACCAUUUAAAUGCAUGGAGUGUGGAAAGAGCUUCAGUGAGAGUGGAAAACUUAGAAUUCAUCAACGGACUCACACGGGGGAGAAACCAUUUAACUGUAUGGAAUGUGGAAAGAGCUUCACUUAUAGUGCAGCACUAAAAAGACAUAAAUGGUCUCACACAGGGGAGAAACCAUUUAAAUGCAUGGAAUGUGGAAAAAACUUUAUUGAUAGUAGAACACUUAGAAUCCACCAUCAAACUCACACAGGGGAAAAACCAUUUGAAUGUAUGGAGUGUGGAAAGAGCUUCACUUACAGUGGAUCACUAAAAAAACACCAACGGAUUCACACGGGGGAGAAACCAUUUAAAUGCAUGGAGUGCGGAAAGAGCUUCAUCGACAGUGGAACACUUAGAAUCCAUCAUCAAACUCACACAGGGGAGAAACCAUUUAAGUGCAUGGAAUGUGGGAAGAGCUUCAGUCGGAGUGGAGACCUGAAUUCACAUAAUCAAACUCACACAGGGGAGAAACCAUUUAAAUGCAUGGACUGUGGAAAGAGCUUCACUGAUAGUAGAACAUUUAGAAGACAUAAAGCAACUCACACAGGUGAGAAACAAUUUACAUGCAUGGAAUGUGGGAAGUGCUUCAGUCAGAGUGGAAGCCUUAGAAUCCAUCAACGGGUUCACACAGGGGAGAAACCAUUUAACUGUAUGCAGUGUGGAAAGAGCUUCACUUAUAGUAAUGAACUAAGAAGACAUCAAUGGAUUCACACAGGGGAGAAACCAUUUAAAUGCAUGGAGUGCGGAAAGAGCUUCAUUGACAGUGGAACACUUAGAAUCCAUCAUCAAACUCACACAGGGGAUAAACCAUUUAAAUGCAUGGACUGUGGAAAGUGCUUCAGUCAGACUGGACAGCUUAGAAUUCAUCAACGGACUCACACAGGAGAGAAACCAUUUAAAUGUGUGGAAUGUGGAAAGUGCUUCAGUCAGAGUGGAAAGCUUAGAAUUCAUCAACGGACUCACACAGGAGAGAAACCAUUUAAAUGCAUGGAAUGUGGAAAGUGCUUCAGUCGUGGUGAAGACCUGAAUUUGCAUCAUCAGACUCACACAGGAGAGAAACCAUUUAAAUGCAUGGAGUGUGGAAAGAGCUUCAGUCACAGUGGACAACUUAGAAUUCAUCAACGGACUCACACAGGAGUUAAACCAUUUAAAUGCAUGGAAUGUGGAAAGUGCUUCAGUCAGAGUGGACAGCUUAGAAUUCAUCAACGGACUCACACAGGACUUAAACCAUUUAAAUGCAUGGAAUGUGGAAAGUGCUUCAGUCAGAGUGGACAGCUUAGAAUUCAUCAACAGACUCACACAGGAGAGAAACCAUUUAAAUGCAUGGAAUGUGGAAAGUGCUUCAGUCGUGGUGGAGACCUGAAUUUGCAUCAUCAGACUCACACAGGAGAGAAACCAUUUAAAUGCAUGGAGUGUGGAAAGAGCUUCAGUCGCAGUGAACAGCUUAGAAUUCAUCAACGGAGUCACACAGGGGAGAAACCAUUUAAAUGUAUGGACUGUGGAAAGAGCCUCACUACUAGUCGAAACCUUAGAAUUCAUCAAUGGACUCACACAGGGCAGAAACCAUUUAAAUGCAUGGACUGUGGAAAGAGCUUCACUAUUAGUCGAAACCUUAGAAUUCAUCAAUGGACUCACACAGGGAAGAAACCAUUUAAAUGCAUGGACUGUGGAAAGAGCUUCACUACUAGUCGAAACCUUAGAAUUCAUCAAUGGACUCACACAGGAGAGAAACCAUUUAAAUGCAUGGAGUGUGGAAAGAGCUUCAGUCAGAAUGGAGACCUUAGAAACCAUCAACGGACGCACACAGGAGAGAAACCAUUUAAAUGUAUGGAAUGUGGAAAGAGCUUCACUUGGGGUAGAACACUUAGAAUUCAUAAACUGAGUCACACAGGAGAGAAACCAUUUAAAUGCAUGGAGUGUGGAAAGAGCUUCAGUCAUAGUAGACUGCUUAAAAAUCAUCAACGGACUCACACGGGGGAGAAACCAUUUAAAUGCAUGGAAUGUGGAAAGUGCUUCAGUUACAGUGGACACCUUAGAAUUCAUGAACGGACUCACACGGGGGAGAAACCAUUUAAAUGCAUGGAGUGUGGAAAGUGCUUCAUUGAGGGUGGAAAACUUAGGAGACAUCAACGGAGUCACACGGGGGAGAAACCAUUUAAAUGCAUGGAAUGUGGAAAGUGCUUCAGUCAGAGUGGGAAGCUGAAUUCACAUCAUCGAACACACACAGGAGAGAAACCAUUUCAAUGUAUUGAGUGUGGAAUGAGCUUCAGUCAGAGUGGACUUCUUACAAAACAUCAACAAACUCAUACAGGGGAGAAACCAUAUAAGUGUUAGGGAAGUGGAUAGAGGUUCAGUUGUAGUGGAAGUCUUACAAACCAUCUAAAGACUCUGAGGGGUAAGAGCUGUAAGAGUGGUAACAACAAGCCUUAUGACUCAGUAGAGAGAGAGGGGGGGAGCCUUCUUUGUUAUUCCUUGUGCCCUCAGUAUUUCCUAACAUCAGGGUCUUUUCCAGAGAGUCUGGAAAAGUUGUUACUACUAGUAGCUUAAACUCAGUGUUUGAACCAACUAGUUACAAAAGGUUCAAAACAUGUCACGUGGUUUUCUCAGAUUCCUGACCAAGAUUAUCAUGAGACGUACUCACCAACAGUCAAAUUUGAAAGCACCAGACUGUUGAUGAAGCUUGCUGCUGAAGAAGGCAUGACUGUUUCUCAUCAUGAUGUGAAUACUGUACUGUGUUUUUAAUGGUGUUCUUGAUGAGAAUAUUUAUAUACUACCACCAGAUGGCGUACAAAUAAAAAAGGGAAUGGUAUGCAAGUUAAAAAAAUCUUUAUAUGGUCUAAAACAAAUUGCUCGUUGCUGGCACACUAAACUAACUGAUGUACUAUUUUCAUUAGGUUUUCAACAAGGAAAAGCAGAUUCUUGUGUGUUUGUGAAAGAGUGUAAUCAACAGAAACUGUAUUGUGUGUGUUAUGUUGAUGAUAUUUUAUUAUUCCGGAAGGAUGUAAACAUCUACAGAAACACUCUUUCAAAAUUGCAAAAGCAUUUUGAAAUGAAAGAUUUAGGAGAUGUAAGUAACUAUCUCUAGAGGUUGAAAGAAACGAGAAAGGUGACAUUUUGCUGCAUCAAACUCGUAAAAUCAAUGAUUUAAUUGAAAGUUGAAUCUAACUGAUGGAAACGCUGUAGACACUCCCAUGGUAACAGGUUAUCAGCAUGAUACAAAUGCUGAAGCUUUUUCUGACACUACAAGCUCAAGGUGUACCGGACCAGAUAUUGCCAUUGCUGUGAAUAUACUUAGCAGAUGUGUUAAUAAUCCAACAGUGCAAGAUUUCAAGCCAUUAAAACGCAUUGUUAGGUACUUGAAGGGUAGUGUACAUUACUGGUUAAGACUUACUAGUUAAAAGUCUGGAGGACUAGAAAUCUAUGCAGGUGCCAGUUUUGGCAGUGAUACAACGGAUGGCAAAAGUGUAUCAGGUGUUUUUUAUUUAUCCAAUCAAGGUUUGUUUGAUUGGUCUUGCAGGAAACAAGCAACAGUGAGCAUGAGUUCAUGUGAAGCUGAACUUAAUGCUUAAACUUUUUCACUCAUGGGUGUAGAGUCGUUGCAACAACUAUGUCAGGAUGUGAGAGUGAAAGUUUCUUGUCCAAUUCAGGUUUAUCAGGACAACAAAGCCUGCAUAGAGUUAAUACAUUCAGAAGGGUGCAAACAGAGAACGAAGCAUUCACAAAUUAAAUUGCACCGGCCCAGAGAGUGUAUUAAAAAUGGAAUUGUGAAAGUUUCAUAUAUGUCAGGAAAGGAAAUUUCAGCAGAUGUGUUGACCAAAGCUGUUAAUAAAAGAACAACUUGACAUAUAUGUAAAGAAGUUACAAUUGUGUUAGAAUUUCAUGAAGGUCGGAGUGAAAAGGGAGAGGUUGCUAGUAUUUUCAUCCACCCCUUUCUGUCAGUCUUAUGACUCAGUAGAGGGGGGGGAGCCUAUAGUUAUAUUUGUUUAGAUUAUUAA